UCACGUUGGCCUUAGGCUCCGCCUCCAGCUCGGGUACUAGGCGGUCUAGACCCGAGGCUACCCGGGCCGGAGGCAGGCUUGAGUACGGAGACCAAACGUUGUUCCCUCCCGGACCUCGGGCGCCGGGCCGCGCGCUGACUGACAGCCCCAGCUAGGCCCAGCAGGUCCCCUAGUCCCCCGCAGUGUCCCGCAGUCCCCCGAGACUCUCCGAGCGCCGUUGCUGAGCCCUGCGAAUAGCAGCAGGGUGGCCACUGCAACGGGUGUGGAUGUGCCUGACAAGAUGAAGAGCCGAAUCCCUGUGGUUCUCCUGGCCUGCGGCUCCUUUAACCCCAUCACCAACAUGCACCUGCGCUUGUUUGAGGUGGCCAGAGAUCACCUACACCAAACAGGAAUGUACCAGGUCAUCCAGGGUAUCAUCUCUCCUGUCAACGACAACUAUGGGAAGAAAGACCUCGCAGCUUCUCAUCACCGAGUGGCUAUGGCCCGGCUGGCCCUGCAGACAUCCGACUGGAUCCGGGUGGACCCCUGGGAGAGUGAGCAGGCACAGUGGAUGGAGACAGUGAAGGUGCUGAGGCAUCAUCACAGCAAACUGCUCAGAUCUCCACCCCAGAUGGAAGGCCCAGACCAUGGCAAAGCACUCUCCCCAACCCCUGCAGGAGUUUGGAAUUUCAGUAAUCACCCUUGGUUGUGUGGCAGAAGAGCACCUACAUCACUAGCCCACAAAAAACUCUGGAUGUCAAGUCUCAAGCAAGGCCCCCAGGCAGAAACAACAUGCACCGUUGCUGCAUUUCACCGCUGGGGAGAGAAGCAUGUUCAGUGCAAACCCCAUCCCAGAAGAGAGAACUUUAAAAGCCUGCACCUGGACACCUCCAGACUCUACCUUAUGUGCCUUUCCUCCUGUUGCGUGGUGUUUCACUAUGAUAACCGUUGUGUGGAUGCAACUGCCUCUGAGGUCUGUGAGUCCUUCAAGCAAGUCCCCAAACAAGAUGUUUCACCAAAGAAGAUACAUAGAUGAAUAUAAUAAGCACAUGAAAAGGUGCUCAACACCAUUAGUCAUUAGAGAAAUACAAACCAGAACCACCAUGAGAUACCAUUUUAUGCCCACUAAAAUAGUUCAAAUCCAUCUAGCAAUCCACUCUUAGAUGUCUAUUAAAAGGAGAUAAAAACAUAUGUCCACUCAGACUUGUAGGCAAACAUCUGCAGCAGCAUAAUUCACUAUAGUAAACACAGGAAGCAAUUCAGGUGUCCCUCAACUGACAAAUGUAUAAACAAAUGCAUUAUAUCCAUGCAACAGGACACUGUUCAGCAAUUUUACAAAGGACUAGUGAUGCCUGCAACAACGUGGAUGAACCUCAAAAUGAGCUAAGCGAAAGAAACCAGACACAGAAGAUACAUAUUAAAUGAUUCCAUUCACAUGAAAUUUCUAGAAAAGGCAAAACUAAAGCAAAAGCAGGUCAGAGCCUGGAAAUGGAAUUGACAGCAAGUGGGCACAAGGAAAUUUUGGGAGUGAUAAAAGUGUUCUAAAACUAGAUUGUGAUGAUAGUUGCACAGCUGUGUACAUUUACUAAGGCUCAUCAAACUGUGCACGUAAAAUGGGUAGAUAUUGUGUUAUUUAAAUGACACCUUAAUUAAGGUGUUUAAAAGAAAAAUCCCCCUGAGUUUCUCCUGCUUGCAUUUGAGGUGAAAGCCCAGCUCCUCAUGGGGUGGCCGCCUUCCCCCUGCAGCUCUUUCUCUGCUUCAUCCAUGGGGCUUUCUCCAGUUUCUCAUCCACCCUCUUUCCCAUGAGUGCUCCAGCAGGUGCUGUUCCCUCUGCCUGGCACGCCUUCUCACUUCUCCACUUCCUUGGGGUAUCUCAGGGUCUUCUUCAACUCUCUACCUUCAAGUCACGUUGCGCAGGAAGCCUCUCUGGCUCUGCCCACUGCACUGCUAGCUCCCUGCCCUUCUCCUUGGGGACACUCGUCACUCCUGAAACUAUUGACUCUUCUCCUAAGUACAGCUUCUGGCUCAAAGUGGGUGCUCAAUAAAUAUUUCUUAAAUAAUGUCUGAAGAAUCAUUUGAACAGUUCUGAGAAGCCCAUGAUAAACAAACCUGUUUAACUUUGUGUAAACCAGUGUUUUUGAGGCACGUUUUCACAAAGAACCCCCAGCUUUUUUUGUUUUUUGUUUUUUUAAAUGGAGUCUCACUCUGUCACCCAGGUUGGCGUGCAGUGGAGCGAUCUUGGCUUACUGCAACCUCUGCCUCCUGGGAAGAACCCCUUUUUAUACACAUAUACUUGAUGGUAUGUGCAACACGAUGUUUAGAAGAACAGUUUAGGAAGUUAUUGUCCAAAGUUUUUUUCUAGUUUUUUUCCUGCUACAAACAAUGCUGCAAUAAACACUCUUAUGCAUAAACCCUUAAAAGCCAGUGCUUUUGUGGGAUAGAUUCUCAGGAGUUCUUAUUGCUAUGUGUAAAUGGUAUGUGUACAUUUUAUUCUAAUAGAUGUUACCAGAUGGUAGACAGUAGAUUUUAAGUAAGUUGAUUUUUUUAAAAAUAAAAUAAAAAGCAGAAUCCCAUAGAGCUGCUAAAAUUCUCAUUUCCUUAUUCCUUUCGUUCAUUAUCUUUGA